AUGGCUGACGCAGCUGAGCGGCAAAUUACCCGUGGCGCUAUCGCUGCCAUUUUUAAUGACCCAGAAGGUGUCAAGACUCGCUUCCCAGUGCCAGUACUACAAUGUCUGCAAGUCAAGCUUCUCGGCCAGCAGCCCAACGCCGGCGCUGCUGAAAGGUAUCGCGUUGUUUUGAGUGAUAUCGACAACUACAUCCAGUGCAUGUUGGCCACACAAGCAAACCACGUUAUUCACGACGAUCAGCUUCAAAGAGGCUGUAUUGUGCGUGUCAAGUCAUACCAAGCCAACACGGUCAAGGGCAAGAGCGUACUGGUAUUGUUGGAUCUUGAGGUCAUACAGUCUCUCGGAGUCCAUGAAAAGAUCGGCGAGCCCACAAGCAUCGAGGCCAAGGCCGAAAACACCACAAACACCACCAUCGGUGGAUCAGGCUUCUAUGGCACCAAGACUGAACCAGACGUCAAACCACAGAUCCGCUCCCAGAUGCCAACCCGAAACGCCGGUGGUGGUGGAGCUUCGCACGGCCCUGGCAACGUCAAUAUCUAUCCGAUCGAAUCCAUCUCGCCAUACCAACACAAGUGGACGAUCAAGGCCCGAGUGUCGCAAAAGUCUGACAUCAGGACAUGGCACAAGGCAAGUGGUGAGGGCAAGCUCUUCAGUGUCAACCUUCUGGAUGAGACCGGCGAGAUCAAGGCUACUGCCUUCAAUGACCAAUGCGACAAGUUCUACGACAUACUUCAAGAAGGCCAGGUCUACUACAUCUCGACCCCGUGCCGCGUUGGGAUAGCCAAGAAGCAGUUUACGAACCUGCCCAAUGAUUACGAGAUCACUUUUGAGGAUGGCACGCAGAUUGAGAAGGCCGAGGACCAGAGCAGCGUGCCGCAAGUACGCUUCAAUUUCUGCAACAUUCAAGAGCUGCAGGAGGUAGAGAAGGACGCCACCGUGGACGUUGUUGGCGUACUCAAGGAUGUCGGCGAGGUUUCUCAAAUCACCUCCAAGUCUAGUGGCAAAUUUUUUGAUAAGCGCGAGCUGACGCUCGUCGACGACAGCGGCUAUUCGGUGCGCAUGACGAUCUGGGGCAAGACGGCGCAGAACUUCGAUGCCAAACCAGAGUCAGUGGUGGCAUUCAAGGGUGCCAAGGUCGGCGAUUUUGGAGGUCGUUCACUUUCAUUGCUGUCUUCCGGUACAAUGACGGUGGACCCGGACAUCCCUGAGGCACAUCGCCUCAAGGGCUGGUUCGACUCGUCUGGCAGAAACGACAACUUUAGCACUUUUAACUCGAGCAGUGUUGCUGGUGCUACUGGCCGCCAGGAUCAAAUAUUAACGAUUCACAGGGUCAAGGAGGAUAAUUUGGGCAUGGAUGAUGUGGCAUAUUUUGCCCUCAAGGCAACGGUUGUCUAUAUUCGCCAGGAGAAUUUUGCGUACCCAUCCUGCCUCAAUGAGGGCUGCAGCAAGAAGGUCACAGAUCUCGGUGAUGGAAGUUGGCGUUGCGAGAAAUGCGAUGUCAACCACCCGCGACCGGAGUACCGUUACAUCAUGAGUGUCAACGUGACUGACCACACCGGUCAGCUGUGGCUUAGCUGCUUCGACGAUGUUGGCCGCAUCAUCAUGGGCAAGUCGGCAGACGAGUUGAUGGCGCUCAAGGAUGAGAAUUUCGAAGCUUUCACUCGCGAGUUUGAGAAUGCGAACUGCAGGAAGCUCAGUUUCAGGUGUCGUGCCAAAAUGGACACUUUCGGAGACAACCAGAGAGUUCGCUAUCAGGUCAUGGGCGCCACCAAGAUGGACUGGAAGAGCGAGGCGGCCAGACUUGCUGAAUUGAUCAAGCAAUUCAACAUAUGA